AUGGGUUGGUGUGAAAUAGUGGGGGAAAGGGAGGGAAAGGCAUUUAACAAACAAUUACUUCAAACGGAGACACAAUUCAAUGAAAACUCAGUUUUACUUCAGAUUUGUGUCAAUAAUCAUGAAUUGAAUGACAAAUCAAUUGAUUUCAGAAAUGCUUUCAAUUUAUUGAGAAUUAACGGCAAUAAUAAACCAUUGAAUUACGACAUCGUUGGGCACCGGGAGGGACAGGCAUUGGAUGGAGUGGUCGAUGAGAGCGACGAUGAAAGGGAUGGACAGACGGACGGACAGCACGUGUUGGGGACACAGGAAGGCAUGGACUGUGUUGUGAGUGACGGACAGACGGACACAGAAGUGGAGGAAAGGGAUGAGAGGGACGACACUCACGACUCGCAACCCAUUGUCACCGAUAAGACAUCCGAUGGCGACGACAGUGAAGGCAAUGAUCGUCCGUUUGUCUGCAUUGAAGCCAAUUGUGGCAAACGAUUCAAAUGGAAAUCACAUCUCAAUGAACACAAACUACCGAGGAAUAUGGAGGUCAUUAUGAGGAAUGGGAGGUAUAUGUGGAACGUUUGCGGGAAUCAUAUUAAUUUGGAAAUAAAGUCAAAUAAUUGUUUGCAUGGCGUGAAUGGGACGGGUAUGUCGGGUAUGGAGGGAUCGGAUGACUGGGGAACUGGAGGGUAG